AUACAAUUACCUGAGCUUUCGGUCCAUUUCUAUCACCGUGAGGUUCUCUUUGCUCUGGGGAACCUAAUUGGUCGGACUGUCAAACUUGACUACCACACGGAGAAUCUGGAGCGGGGGAAAUUCGCUCGCAUCCCGGUGGAGCUGGACAUGACGAAGCCACUGGCCACGCGCAUCCGCCUCGAUGGAUUCUGGCAACCGGUCCUAUAUGAAAACUUGCCGGAAAUCUGUUUUGACUGCGGCAGGAUUGUGCAUACUGAGGACUCCUGUCCAAAGAAGGUGUGUGCGUCAAUCACUGUCCCAACGGCAACGCCUAGUGCUAAUACCCCCACCCCGAUGGUGAUGCCGGCACCGGAGCCGUCCGUCGGUAACGGCCCCUGGAUGCAAGUGACCCGGAAGAGCAAAAAACAAAAUAGGAAAGUGGCGCAGAAACCGGCCUCAGUCCAGGGAUCCGAUCCAAAUCAAAGUGUUAUUCAGGGAAAGAUGACUGGAAAAGUUCCUCAAUCUGGGAAGGGGGAUCAAAAUAGAGCCUCCUAUGGAAAGAACGGAAAAGGAAAUAUUGCGCAGAAAAUAGAGGAAAGAAAGGGGAAUCCCAGUACCUCAAAGGGGAAAGGCAACGGUCCACCGAGCGGCAAAUCAGGAACGACAUCUCAAGAGUGGCGGAUUGCUGGUGGUAAAGGCCCAUCGCGAACGGCCCAAGCCCACCCUGAAACAGCGACCUCUAACCAACAAGCUGGGACCAGCCCAAUGACGCCGACCAUGAGCCCAAAUCCACUCCCAAACUCAGAUGCCUCCCCGCAGGCGAAGCCAAUUAUCCCAAUCCCCCUCCCCUUUCCAACAACGACCAAAGAAAAUUCCGACCCCAACCUGUUGAGUGUUUCGAUUCAUGACCAUUAUCCUAAGAAGAAGUCCCCGCAAGCACCAUGA